CGAUGGGGCUGUUCCAGGAUAGAGCCGUGUUCGCCACUACGGCCGGUGUGUUGAAGGGAAUCUUCCAGGUGGGCGGCGCCAUUCUGAAGCUGGUGCUGGGAAAGCGGGAGAGCGAGGAGCUGACAUAUAUGAAGGAGCAGUUCCAGGCCGUCAGGAACCAACUGGAUGUGAUUUCUGAUCAGAUCCGGCAGGUGUUGUGGGAGAUCGAGAGGAGCACGAUCAACAACCAGUACUUCCCCAUCGAGGAGAACCUCAAGAACCAGUUCCGCAAAUACAUGGACAUCCUGAGAUCAGCGCCCGAGUUCCGCGACAAGGAACGAGACGAGUUCCUCACACACUUCGACGUGACCAAGGGCGACCAGAACCUGCACACGCUCUUCGACGCGGUCAUGGGCUUCUCCGCCGUCUUUGGGAAGCCCAUCCUGGAGACGGCCAUGAGCUACGACCAAAGGAACCGGCGCCUGAUGGAAAGCAUGUGUUGCCGGCUGAAGGAGCUCUUCUGCAUCGGUCUGAUCGCUCUCCUGGGCCACGCCGCCGUCACCGGCAACGACGUGGAGGCGUUGAAGAAAGAGUGGAACCAGAAACUGGCGCAAGUAGAAACCAAAAUGAAAUCCAUGGUAGAUCGGUGCGUCAGCGAGUUUGCGCAGCAGGCAGAGAUAGAUGUCGAGAGGAUGGUGAAGGACAAGGGGGAGAGAGAUAACAAGGGGUGCGCCACUUUUAUCAUGGAGGGACUGGUGAAGAAAUACGACUGGGUCCGCUGGUCAGUGCGCGUCUAUGAUCCUGUCUCAGGCUUUGACAAUCACUGUGUCGGUGGCCCAAACCGUUUUGAGUUUUUCCGGCUCAAUAACAUCAACGUGGUUGUGUCUUACUCCAUCGACCCAAAAUCCAUCGACGAGGCACAGAUCGGCCAGUUGAUGCAGGGCAAGGAUGGCUGGAGCGACGCCAGAGACGUGUUCGAGUUCAUCUCCGCCAACGUCCCGGACAACUACAUGGUCCACGCGGUCAGGCGCUACAAAGACCUGUGGAACCACAAGGACUUCCCCAACGCCUGCCACUUCUGGGAGACCUACAGUGGGGUCACCCUCUGUGUCCACUCCACAUGAUGGCCCCAGAGGCGAGCCGGUCCCGUCAUGGCGGGGUAUGUUAGAAAUUAAACAGAUCAAAUAUGUGAUUAAAAUGAAUCCGGACCCAAUCAGUUCAGUGGCCACGUCCUAGAUUUAUCAGCGUUACAAUUCGGCGCUUAGAGUCCAAUCAAUAGUCACCGUCGGAUUGUAACACCGUCGGUGUGUAACCGAUGAGCAGCCGCUUCUCCAGUUUACUGACCGUCCGCUGUAUACCAAACGCUGCAGACACGACCCUGUCUGGUUACCUCCUGCACUCAGCAGCCGCUGCCCGGCAAACAACACAAUGGCCACCGGCAGCGGGGUCUCCUGAUGCCCUUUAUCCUUGUAGAUCAAUCGUUGUCAUUGCUUGACUGUGCUUAAAGUGAUUAAUCGGUUCUAUGAAAAUAUAUACGAUGUACAUGGUAAUCAGUUCAAUAAAUUCGAAUCAC